AUGUUGUCUCUUCUUCUUCCUCUGAUCUCAUUACUAAUCCAUAUCCAAUGCCUCACCGUUGAGUCGCAACCGGUUCCGCUAAAGCAAAUCUGCUCAAACGUCACAGGCAACUUCACCGUGAACACCCCUUACGCCGUCAACCUCGACCGUCUCAUCUCCUCUCUAUCAUCUCUCCGGCAGAACGGUAACGGAUUUUACAACAUCUCAAUCGGAGACUCCGAUGGAAAAGUCAACUCAGUCUUACAGUGUAGGGGCGAUGUCAAACCCGAAGACUGCAUCAACUGUGUCGCAAUGGCUGGAAAAAGACUAGUCACAUUGUGUCCGGUUCAGAAAGAAGCGAUCAUAUGGUACGACAAAUGUACGGUUAGGUACUCAAACCGGACAAUCUUCAACUUAUUGGAGAUUUACCCUCAAACAAGCAUAACCGGAACAAGAAACUUCACCGGAGAUCGUGAUGCUUGGGAGAAAUCAUUAAGGGAUUUACUUGAAGGGCUUAGAGGCAGAGUCUCCGUGAUUGGUCGGAGAAAGAAGAAUUUUGUCGUCGGAGAAACGAGCGGGCCGUCGUUUCAGACAUUGUACGGCCUGGCUCAGUGCACGCCUGAUAUUUCGGAAGAGGACUGCUCGUAUUGUCUGUCUCAGGGUGUUGCAAAGAUUCCGAGCUGUUGUGAUAUGAAAACGGGUAGUUAUGUGUUGUCUCCGAGCUGUUUAUUGGCUUAUGCUCCAUGGAGAUUCUAUGAUCCAGUGGACACUGAUGAGCCAAGCUCAGUGCCUUCGACGCCGUCACGGCCUACUAAGAAUGAGACGAGAAGUGUCGCACAAGGGGAGAAAAACAGAGGUGUACCUAAAGCUUUGAUCUUUGCGGUUGUCUCAGCUGCACUUGUUGUCUUAGUUGUAGUAUUAUUAGUCAUUUUCAUAAGAUGCAGAACGAAGAAUAAGAGGAAGACAAAUAAUGAAGAACGAAAACUUGAAGAAGACAUAAGCACAGAUUCAAUGAGAUUCGAUUUCACUAUGUUACAAGAUGCAACAAGUCAAUUCUCACUCGAAAACAAACUUGGAGAAGGUGGAUUUGGAGCAGUUUAUAAGGGAGUACUUAUUGACGGACAAGAAAUAGCAGUGAAAAGGUUGUCGAAAAAUGCACAACAAGGUGAAACCGAAUUCAAGAACGAGUUCUUGUUGGUGGCAAAACUUCAACAUCGUAAUCUCGUCAAGCUCUUAGGUUACUCAAUAGAAGGAUCCGAAAGGCUUCUCGUCUAUGAGUUCCUCCCACACACCAGUCUCGACAAGUUCAUCUUCGAUCCGAUAGAGGGUAAGGAAAUGGAGUGGGAAAUAAGAUACAAGAUCAUAGGAGGUGUAGCGAGAGGACUUGUUUAUCUUCAUCAAGAUUCUCGACUGCGGAUUAUUCACCGUGAUCUUAAAGCUAGUAACAUCUUGCUUGACGAAGAAAUGACCCCGAAGAUCGCAGAUUUUGGAAUGGCUAGGCUUUUCGAUAUCGACCACACAACUCAACGCUACACCAAUAGGAUCGUCGGCACUUUUGGAUACAUGGCUCCAGAGUAUGUAAUGCACGGACAGUUCUCGUUUAAGACAGAUGUUUACAGUUUCGGAGUUUUGGUUCUUGAGAUCAUCAGUGGUAAGAAGAACAGCUGUUUCAGCAAUGAGGACAGCAUGGAAGAUCUCCUUAGCUUCGCAUGGAGAAAUUGGAAGGAAGGCGUUGCUUUGAAUCUUGUGGACAAGGUUUUGAUGACAAUGUCAAGCUAUUCAUCGAAUAUGAUCCUGAGAUGCAUAAACAUUGGUCUUCUCUGUGUCCAAGAGAAAGUUAAAGAGAGGCCAAGCAUGGCUUCGGUUCUUCUCAUGUUAGAUGAACAUACUCUUGCUCUUUCAGAACCUUCAAAGCCUGGUUUUUUCUCACACAGCGACAUGGUAUCUGAUACUUCUUCUUCUUUAGGACUUAAUAAUGCAAAAACUUCAAACUAUAAUUCCAACACUGAGUUGUAUCUUCGGUGA